AGGUCCUUCUGCUGGGAGCACUGCCCACAGCAGCAAGAGGAGGUGGCUCCAGAGAACACCACCUGUCUCAUCUGCCUGGAGCCUGUCGAAGGCAGAACGACUUACGGGACCAUGGUGUGCCCAGCAUGCAGACAUGCCUGGUUCCACAGGGCCUGCAUCCAGGGGCAGGCUAUCAGCUCUGGAAUUUUCUGCAUACAGUGCCCUCUGUGUAGAAAUCAGAAUUGUUUUGUUCUGGAAAUGUUCCACAUGGGGAUCCGAAUCCCCAUAAGACCUCCAUCAUGGGAAGCCAACAACGCCUAUGCAGAAUUGAAUGAGAGGCACAGAUGCUGCGAUGCCAAGGAGUGCCUUUGCCCAGGAGGCAGGAGGGUGGCAGAGAGAGAGGGGCCCUGGCAGCUUUUCCUCUGCUGCUCCUGCGCUGCUGAGGGCACACACAGAUGCUGCUCCAGCUUGGGGUCCGGCCACUGGGUCAGAUGGGAGUGUGACGGCUGUGCUGGCCUAGGCACCU